AUGAUUUACCUUCGCUUCCUUACUUGGGCCGUACUGGUGGUGAACUCCAUGAUUGCAAUGGGCGAUGGCACUUCAGAUAUCUAUUCGAGUAUCUUCGAAGUUGACUUGAUAUCACCGCGCAACGAGACUUAUACGCCCGAGGCCCUGAUGCCUAUCGUUUUUGCGCUGCAGAAUUCACCUCUGGCUUCCAGCUUGGAUGCCUACAUCACCUGGGAUUUGUUGGAAGGCAACAACCGGUCUUCUCCAGGUUCCAUCAAUGGCGGGCUUCUUGAACUCGCUUCGUCGGACCUCUGGUCUCCCGGUCUUCACUUGGUUACCCGCUUUGUUAAUACCCUUCCCUACCCGAACGGCUUCUGGACUUUUGCCUGGACCCUGCAUAUUGCCGAUUGUUCCCAGAAUGGCAGUGGACCUCAAGACAUCAAGUUUCACAAUGACAUCGUCUUCACUGUCAGCCUGUCAGGGGAGGCACCUAGUCUUGAAGCAGCUACAUCUUCUGGUACGUGCGGCAUCCAAAACGCCAAUGCGUUGAACGUGACUGCUACCGGGGAAGAAUGCGGCUUUCUUGGGCCUAGUCCGACAACCAACCCAUGCGCGGCGAGAAUCGAUGCUUCCGCGGCGUCCAGUAUAUGGGCAGCGGCGACUGCCUUUGCCUGUAGCCCUUUAGAGCGAUCGGCGAACCCCAACGUUACUUGUCCGACUCCCUCAUCCAAAUCCAACGGCAUUGGACAAUAUGGCAUGAUCGCAGCAUCGACUAUGCUUACGCUCUUUACCAUGGUGACUGCCCUGAUCUACCUUGGGAAUCUUUUGUUUUCGGUACUCUCGGAUCAGAAUCGUUCACUCAUCAUCGUGGCAGAAGCGUGUAGCAGUGUUGCGCCCGUCCAGUUUCUGCUGGGAAGCCAGGGCGCACUAGUUCAGCCUUACAAGCCAACCACACUAUGGGCGAUUCUUUCCUGGAAUUCGGUGACUGAUGAGAUUAGUGUUCCAUCAACCAUGCUAAGACCGCCUGCUAUUCCCCGAGCUGCUAACACAGUCGACCUCUGUGAUAACAUGCCAUUAGAGACGCAGAAGAUCCCAGUCAGUCACAACCCGUGGAUGAUUUGA